AUGAGUAAUAUCACCAAGUUUUUGGCCCUGGAUAAGGUCGCCACAUUCUUUAAUAUUAUAAAGCAAAAUGGUGGAAUCAGAGGAUCCUUGUACAAACUGUACAGACAAGAUGAACUUAAAGAUGGCACUUUAGUUGGGGAAGAUAAAUUUGGAAACAAAUACUUUGAAAACCCUCGCUUCUUCUAUGGUAGAAACCGAUGGGUGGAGUACUCUGACAAAUAUAAUAUGAAUUACGAUGGAAGCCAGGUCCCCGCUGAAUGGUUUGGCUGGCUUCAUUAUAAGACGGAUCUGCCCCCCCACCUGGACCCAAGUAGACCUAAGUACAAAUGGAUGCUUGACGGCAACGAAAAUCUAUCUGGUACCACCGGUCAAUAUACCCCCUACAGCACAACCAGACCAACGGUAGAACCUUGGCAACCAAAACCCAGAAGCAGUUAG